AUGCCGCGCCCAUCACAUCCUGUCCCGUUAGUAGCUUACUCUCGGUACACAAAUACUGGACUUUGUCUUUCAGUAAACACGAAGUGUAAUAAUUGGGCAGGCAGAGCGAAGGUCGAUAAUCGAACCACUCGGUUAAAUGCUAAAUGAAUGGAGCAAACCUGCUGUUGUAUUAGUGAGCGAUAAUCGAAACGAGUGAGGAUCUAUUCAUCAUCAUCAUGCACUUUCUAUUGGAGACUCUUCAGGUGCUUUUCAUGUCACUGGUGUACAGCUUAGAAACUUUCGUUAGGUUAUUUAUACCGCCUCGAAUGAAGAAUGUCUCCGGGGAGAUCGUGUUGCUGACCGGGGCGGGCAGCGGCAUAGGUCGCCUCAUGGCCCUGGAGUUCGCGCGCCUGGGCGCGCGCCUUGUGCUGUGGGAUAUUAAUGAGAACGGUAAUAAAGAGACUGCUCGUAUGAUUAAAGAAACGCACGGAGUGCGAGCGUACACAUAUACCUGUGACUGCAGCGACCGGGAGGAAGUGUACAGAAUCGCAAACCAGGUAAAACGUGAGGUUGGUGAUAUCAUAAUUUUGAUAAAUAAUGCAGGAAUUGUUACUGGGAAGAAGUUCAUGGAAUCUCCUGAUUCACUCAUAGAGAAGUCUAUGGAGGUCAACAGUCUGGCACAUUUCUGGAUGUACAAGGCAUUUCUGCCAGCAAUGAUUGCUGCUAACCAUGGUCAUUUGGUCAGUAUUGCAAGCUCCGCUGGACUUAUUGGAGUAAAUGGACUGGCAGAUUAUUGCGCAAGUAAGUUUGCUGCAGUUGGCUUUGCUGAGUCAAUGGCACUAGAGCUGCUGGCCAUGGGCUGUGAUGGAGUGAAGACCACCAUAGUCUGCCCAUUUUUCAUUAACACUGGCAUGUUUGAUGGUGCCAACACAAAAUGGCCCAGAAUCAUGCCUAUUCUUGAGCCGGAGUAUGCGUGUAGGAAAAUAGUGGAUGCUGUUAGAAGGGAACAGGUUUAUCUUUAUAUGCCUCGAAGCAUCUACAUUGCCAUCGCUUUGAAGAAUCUUUUACCCACUAAAAUGGGUGUGCUGCUUGGUGAAUAUCUAGGAGCAUUCAACUUUAUGGCUAAGUUCAAAGGCCAAGGCCAUGGAAAAAAGAGCAAAUAAUUUCCACCACCAGAGGAAUUGAGAAACAACCAGUGGACCUGUUGGACAAAUCACAGAGAUAUGUGUCAGGAAACAAAUCAGAGUACUGCCACAAAGUACCAAGAGAGUGAAUAGAAUAGUUACACAUAAAACAAGCAUGAAAGCACUUCUUACAUUCAGCACUGUCUUAACCAUUACAAUUAACCAGUUUCCGUUUUUUGUUUUUUUUAUAACAGCGAUAAACUCAUCUUGAGCCAUUUGCACUUCAUUUGCACCCAAGAUAACAUUUUGAUGAAGAAAAACUGUGUCUUUGGCUUUAGAGGUUAUAAAUUGUAGAUGGUUAUUUCUGUUUUGUUUUUUUGUUUUUUAUGUCUUCUUGACCAAAACUGAACUACCUUCUAAUUAAUUGUUUAAUUGGUUUAUUAUUAUGGCUCUUAUUAAUACAUUUAUGUUAAUUAUAAUAUUGGUGUCACAAUCGUCUGUUCUAGGACUCUUAUUUUGAUGUUCAUUGCUUUCCAUUGUCCCUAUGUUCUCAUUUAUUGUGCUUAGUUCCUGUGUCCUUGGUUGCUAGUGUUCCUUCGUUGGUUUCCAUAGUUAAUCAUUUGAUGUGUUUGAAAUUGCCCCCUAUUCCUUCAUUCACUAUUCCCUACAUUAGUCCACUAAUAUAGUUCACUUGAAGAAGUGAAUGAAAACGAGUGAGCAAAUUCAGACAGAGUGCACCGGAAGGGCUGUCGCUUUUGCAUUGUUUGUGCUUGCAGUUUAAUAAUCAUAACUUAGCAAACUGGCAGCUCCAGUA